AAUGUUGAGUGUGAUAUUAAGAAGAAGUGCUGCAAGAAGCAUGGCAAUUAGAGGUGGUCAUGGAUGGGACAGACCUGAUGUACCUUUAACAAUUCCAUAUCAACAUAAAAGAAGGAUGGAUGUAUUUGAUACAAAUUUAUGGUUUUAUUGUGGUGUAAUGCCUGAAUACUUUAUUAAUUAAAGUAAUUAAUUAAUUUGAUUUUUAGAUGAGGGAUAUUUACAUUCACCUUAGAAUGCCAUUAAAUUUUUGAUACUUGAUUCGAAAUAUGUUGUUGCAGCUUUUGUGGCAGCUAUAUUUACCUAUGAAAUAUUCUAUGAAGCCAGAUUUUGGAACAUUUAACCUGAUUAUUUAAAAAAUCCAAUUGUAAAUUACUCAAGAAAAGUAUAAUAAGAGAGACCAUUCAUGGUGAAACAUUUCUUAGAUUUAAGUAAGGACUAUCAUUAAUAGUAAUAGGCAUUACAGGGGAUAUGGGUAUAUAAAGAAUGAUUCCUGGAGAAAAGAGUUUUGCAACAGAACUAUUGGAAACUUAUGAAGAAUAAAAUAAGCACAUUUAGCUCAUGAAUUUAGAAGGCAAAACUUAUAUAGAAAGAGUUGAGGCAGAGACUAGAUAAGCUGUUGCAAGAAAGCAUGGAUAAGUUGAAGAUCAUCAUCAUCAUCAUUGAUAU